AUGCAAGAAUCAGAAGGGAGUCCACCCCUUCUUGCAGCUGCACUUGCUUCAUUUGAUAUUAGAUAUGGUGUUCGAAUAGUUCAUGAAUGGUAUCCGAAUCAUGGUAAAUUACCAAUAGCUUUAAUCGAAUUAUUGAAAUUAACCCUUUCGAAUGUUCAUAGACAAGAAGAUAAUGCUUUUUCGCAGUUUUUAACAUCAACUACAGAUAUUCCUUCACUAAAUCUCUUCAUUGUAUCUUCCUUUUUUAUAAUUCCACAGAAAAAAGAAAAAAUAUAUUAUAAUGUCUCACUUAUUCUUAACAGAAAUCAAAUAGAUACUACAAAAUUCAUCUCAAAUAUUGAAGAUACCUGCAAAGAAAUUGCAAUUUUUGCAAAAACGACUUUGAACUCCAAUCUUCCCAUUAACAAAUUGAAUAUUCUUAUUCAGCAUGCAAAUGAAGUAUUCGAAGUCCUUUCAAAAGCAGGAAUUAAAACUUUACCGGAUUUUUCAAUUCAUCCAACGGAAACCCCGUUCUUAUCUUUAAUUCUUUCGGCGCAUUUCCACUCGCAAAUGAAUACUAUCAUAGAAUCAAACAAUCCAGACGAAGCAUACAAAAUUGCAGUAUUUUUAGCGCAUUUCACACUUUCUCAGAUCCUAGAAACAGCACCACUAGAGUAUCUUCCAGCUCCUAUACAAGGUCUCUCCAUCCAAACUAUCUCCAGACAAGUAGCAACUCCAGAAGAAAUUUUAUUAACUUUUAAAACGCCAACGACAUUGAUUAGGCUUCCAGAAAUGCAAGUAAUCUUCUCUCCUUACCAAGAUCUGCAGGAAAGAUCAUAUGGUGACUAUUUGGUUGCUCUUCCUCUCGAAAAUCCAGAAAAAGAACAAAGAAUUGCACACGUUAAGGCCCAAUAUCGAGAAUUAUUAAACAACGCAACACGUUAUCCAUGGGCAUUAGCCACAAUGUCGAUAAUGAUGCAGAUGCCGCCAGAAAGUUUAAAUUUGAUCUGCCAACUGCAACUGAACAACGUUGUAACGCUUGCUCUUAGCUUGAUUGCUGUUGUUCAGGAGAAAUUAGAUAAAGGAUCCCUUCCAUUUUUGUCACAAGACGACGUCAAUGAUUCUAUUAGAAUUUUGAAGCUCACUGGAAAGGAGGAUCUUAAUAUGGUUGCCUCUAUAGCCCAGAUAUUUGAUAGUUCUAUACAAAGAAAGCUUUUCUCUUAUAGAAAAGAUUCUCAAUUUUUCUAA